CCCAGGCUGUCGCCAUUUUGUCAGGCGCUUAUUUAAUGUUUCAAAUGUUUUCGCUUCCCGCCGGAAUAAUGCAUUCACCCGCCUGCAACAGCGGCAGUUUUGGAAAGGAUUCGUCAACGGCGUCGGACUGAUAACAACACCAGGACGAAUUGUCGGAAUGUCAGGAAUAUAUUUAGUUGGCUAGUAGUCCGUGUCUCGGGUCCACCGGGCCGGUCCGCUGCGCAGGUUUGGAACGCGCGCCAUUUUGUGAAAACUGACAGAAAACCUUAACGGAAAAGUGAUGUCUUUCAUGUACAUGUUUUUAUAACAUCUGCACGCCGUUCGUUUUUCACGACUAAUUUUGCUUUUGAAUAUAAUCAAAAUCCACCCCCAGCGGUCCAUAAAGCGGGUAAUCUUGAAUGCGCUUUCCUGAGCGCUAUCGUUAGCUGGUUAGCUGCGUUCGUUAAAGUCACUGUGCAAGAAAGCGCUAACUAGCCGCUAGCAUUGAUUUCACCACUUAUCAAAAAUGAUUUUUGCACGUACAAGGUAUGUCACGGACAAAACCGGACUGGAAAGCCGUUGUUUUACCUGUCAGUUGAAAUAGGAAGCCAUUUGGCCCUGUCUGGCUCGUUACAUUAGAGGUGUCUCGUUGGAAGCAGCGUAGAGAAACUGGAUAAAUCGCCUCUCUUUGCUGGAUUUGGGACUUUAAAUGAAGAUCACACCAUCAAAGGGGGAGAGACCUCAGCAUGCAAACCCUCGUCUGUCCGGCUUGCACCCUCUCUUUCUUUCCAUGCUGCUGGUCUUCAGAUGGCUGCUCCCAUGCCUCAUUCGCACCAGCAGUACAGUGACGGUCACCAACAGAGUACAGACCAGUCUGUCACUGUACUGCCAUACAGUGAACAGACACAAGCACUCACUGCCAGCCAGAGGCACAUGCCCCAGUGCUUUCGUGACCCCACUUUAGCUCCUUUGAGGAAGCUCUCCAUAGACCUGAUCAAAACCUACAAACACAUCAAUGAGGUGUAUUAUGCAAAAAAGAAGCGACGACAUCAACAGGGUCAAGGUGAGGACUCCAGCCACAAGAAGGAGCGGAAAGUAUUCAACGAUGGCUAUGAUGAUGAGAACUUCGACUACAUUGUCAAAAAUGGGGAAAAAUGGAUGGACCGCUAUGAAAUCGACUCACUUAUUGGAAAAGGGUCAUUUGGACAGGUUGUAAAAGCUUACGAUCGUGCUGAGCAAGAGUGGGUAGCAAUUAAGAUUAUCAAGAACAAGAAGGCCUUCCUCAAUCAAGCUCAGAUUGAAGUACGGCUUCUCGAGCUCAUGAACAAACAUGACACAGAGAUGAAAUACUAUAUAGUGCACUUGAAACGGCACUUCAUGUUCCGGAAUCACCUUUGCUUAGUAUUUGAAAUGUUGUCAUACAACCUGUAUGACUUGUUAAGAAACACAAACUUCAGAGGUGUCUCCUUGAAUCUGACACGAAAGUUUGCCCAGCAGUUAUGUACAGCACUGCUGUUUCUUGCUACACCUGAGCUCAGCAUCAUCCACUGUGACCUAAAGCCAGAAAACAUCCUGCUAUGUAACCCCAAGAGAAGUGCCAUCAAAAUAGUGGACUUUGGGAGCUCCUGCCAACUGGGACAAAGGAUAUACCAGUACAUCCAGAGUCGAUUCUACCGCUCCCCUGAAGUGAUAUUGGGAAUGCCAUAUGAUCUGGCCAUAGACAUGUGGUCUCUGGGAUGUAUCCUGGUGGAAAUGCAUACAGGAGAACCUCUGUUUAGUGGAGCCAAUGAGGUGGACCAAAUGAACAAAAUAGUGGAAGUACUUGGUCUCCCACCCAAUCACAUUAUGGACCUAGCACCAAAAGCCAGGAAGUUUUUUGAGAAGUUGUCAGAUGGAACAUGGAGUGUUAAGAAGACCAAAGAUGGGAAAAGGUACAAACCUCCAGCAUCUCGUAAACUCCAUGUCAUCUUGGGAGUGGAAUGUGGUGGACCAGGUGGUCGACGGGCUGGAGAAUCUGGCCAUGCAGUAGCUGACUACUUGAAGUUCAAGGACCUCAUCCUCAGAAUGCUGGACUACGACCCCAAGACGCGAAUUCAGCCCUACUAUGCCCUCCAGCACAGUUUCUUUAAGAAAACGGCUGAUGAAGGAACCAAUACGAGUAGUAGUGUGUCAACAAGUCCUGCACUUGAGCAGUCACAGUCAUCAGGGACCACUUCUAGUACAUCCUCAAGCUCAGGAGGAUCAUCUGGAACAAGCACCAGUGGGAGAGCAAGAUCUGAUCCAACUCACCACCAUCGACACAGUGGCGGGCAUUUCGGCACAGUUAUGCCUGCCAUAGACUGUGACAACCUCUGCCCUCAGGCGAGACAGCCUUACCAUCCACCUGUAGUAUGGCCUGGAAUUGCAAGACCAGAACCCGUCACUGUAGAGACUCAUCCAGUUCAGGAAACAACUUUUCAUGUGCCUCCCCAGCAUCCCAAGGCAUUGCACCCCCAUCACCAUCAUCACCACGGACAGGUCAUAGCAACGCGACCACGGCCGCGACUUUACAACUCGCCCACCAACAGCGCCUCCACGCAAGAUUCCAUGGAGGUGGUACAUGGUCACCUGUCCAUGACAUCCCUGUCUUCCUCGGCAUCCUCUUCCUCCACAUCUUCCUCUUCCACAGGACACCACGGCAACCAGGCCUACCAGCUUCGCCAACUUCCUGCCAACACCCUGGGCUUUAGCCAAAAUGGAAGUAUGAGUAUGGGUUUGGGUGCCUUCUCAAACCCCCGCCAAGAGACUGGUAUGGCUGGUCAUCCUACAUACCCUGUUGCCACAAACGCAGGAACUGGUCACUUUAUAACAGAGGGACACCUGGGCAUGAGACAAGGGAUUGAUAGGGAAGAUUCUCCGAUGACUGGAGUGUGUGUUCAGCAGAGCUCAAUGGCCAGCUCGUGACUUUAGCUGAAAUUAGUUUGUUUUUCUGUGUGACUUUAAUUGUUUUGUUUUUCUUUUUUACAGUGGUGUUUUUUUCUCCUGUUUUUUAAAAGGUGCAUAGAGAAUAAAAGCUGCUCACUUCUAAGGGGAGAUAUCACUGAACCGCAACAAAUUGAAGAGUAUUUAAAAAGUAUAUAUGUAUUACCAUAAUUUUACGUUUUCUAGAUAAGUUAGUAAUACUGCAAAUAACCAUAGUGAAACGGAAACAUCAUCUGCCAAUUCACUCAUCUGCAUAUAGUACUUAUUUUCCAUCUGUUACAUUGAAAACUGGGAGAUAUUUUUAUUUGUUUUUCCUUUUUUUAUACAGUGAGCAUUUCAGAGCUGUGAGCUGUCGUACAGCUUUUAUAUGUAAAGCAAUGCAAAACAUUUGUUUACUUCAAACAAGUGAAACACAUUAUAAUUUGACUGGUUGUUCUUUUAUUUACCCUUUAAGUGAAACUUCUCUGAAGAGCUGUGUGUUUAAACCUGUUGCGUGUCAAGGAAGCAGUACUUGCAGUGAUAUUUUGUGUUGUCGGUAUUGUGAAACUCUUCAAGAGGGGGCACAUAGCUGUGGAGCUCCGGUGGCAAGCGCUGGCCUGGCGGGGUGAAUGAGCUGGUGUUUGGGUUUCGACAGGCAGGUGCAGUAUCUUCAGACUGGGAGAACACCAGUCCGGCCAGCUUCGACUACAUACAGCAACUGAGGAGAAGGUGCGCUGAUGAGCAACAAGGGGGACAGAGCCAGAUCACUCUGGGCCUGUCGUUGAGAACCCUUUGGCCUUAUGACUUUUGGACCUUGACUGAAAAGGAGCUGGACUGUAUUAUUAAAUAGAGAUGGCUGUCCUCUUUUUUUAAGAUGGAAAAUUGGUUAGAAAAGGGUAAAUACGUACGGUUAUUCAGAGGCCUUUAUUUAGCAAAGAUUCUCAUUUGAGGGACACCAAAUUGCAGGGUCUUGAUCAAACGUCUCUGACAUGACUUCCUAAAAAUCUUGCCGAAGUGGGAUUAUACAUAGUAAUCCCCAUAUAAGACAUCAUUAAUUGGCUUUUUUUUUCCCAUUAAGCAUGCGGUUCCCAUUGCAGAAAUUAGCCUCUGUGUUGAACACAGAAGAUGUGUAAUGAAAUGUAUGUGACUGCCUUUUUUUCUCCUCUUGAAUUAUGCUGUGAAUUUUACACUUUUCUUUCUUUAGUAUUGUCUCUUCUUUUUUUUAUAUACCAAAGCUGUUGAUUUCUAUUGCAUUGGUGUCUGUAAGGAAUAAUGUAGCAGUUCACCAUUUCAGCCCAAGGUUCAUUGAAGUCAAUUUUAAUCUGUACUCUAUCUCAAACUGGAACAUUUGCUGAACUUUGUUUUAAUGUUAACUAAAUAUUGAAAUUGGUUAAUAUAUGGAUAAAUCUCCCUUAUUUGUUAAUUUUUAGUUCGGUUUUCCUGUCAAGGAAAAUGUAUUCGGGAGGUAAAGGACACUGACAGUUACUCUGCAGGCUACAGAGUGGCUGAGAGAUCACAAAUUAUUCUGAGGGGAGAAAAGUGUUUUGUUUUGUAUUUACCUAGUCUAUCAGUCAGUGAUGCUGCCUUUUAUACCUAAUUUGAUGAACAUGCUAAUUUCUACCUUUUUAAAUCUAAGUGGCUACUUUCCAUUUAUUUAUUCAGGCAGUCUACUGUAGCUACUGUGACCUCUGAGUCUUGAGUUGAAUUUGUUAUCAAGUGGUUGGUUCAAUGCUCACCUCAGAUGUACUUAUUUAAAGUUAACCAGAGGUGAUGCGCUAUCACACAGACACUGGGCACAUGCAUGUUGUUUUGAAGAGGAUAUGUCUUUAUAGUCACUAUUCAGUCACGGUAUGGAUAGGCGAGCCCACUAUGAUGUUUAUAUCCAAGUAUGUGAGCUCCCCACUUAGCUUCUCACUUUGCAUUAGGUCUCGAUUCUUCAAAGGAACAUGAAAGAUAACCCCCUGUUUGUUACAUCUCUGAAUAUAGCAGUGGGACACAACCCUGCCGUGUGUGUGUGUAGUGUUCACUUUUGCAGUUUUUUUUAAUCUUUCGCAAAGAUAUCAACCAGAAACAUGUUUGAUAUAUUUACGAAUCUCACAGUGGCUAUCAGAAAAAGGUUUACCUGAAUGUAAGCGGGAUAUAAAAUGUUUAUACAAAAAACAUUUGAGUGCAGUUUGCUAACAUAAACAUUCCAAAAAUCAAAAUCUAAAAAUGACAGAAUCAUUUAAAGAGUGCACCUGUUUCAGCUGUUGCUCAAUGAGAUCUGGUUUAGUGCAGUUUUCAUGAAAUGCAGCCCCUUUUUAAUAGUUGAAUAGAAUUUAUGUAUAUAUUUAUAUUUUUUUAAAUAAAGGAAGUAUAGAACUCA